AUGACGAAAUUUCUGACUCUUCUGCUUCCCCUUUUUCUGGCACAGGUUGCUGUUUCGAGCACCGCCGACCCAACUCUUGAAGAUGGGACAGAAAUCUGGUGUCAGGGUGACCUUGACUUGGAGUCUGCUGACCCGGCGCCCUUUUAUGAGCAUAACGCCAGUCUUGCGCCGUCUCUAGACGUCCGCCAAGCGCCGCAGUAUCCCGAUAUGAACUUUCGAGUUUUCGGGCACGUGGUCUACGCGAACGAGACUGUCGAGGGAGGUUAUGUAUCGAAAGAGGACGUUGUAUCCGUCGUCGACAUGCUGAACCAGGACUUUGGGAGGUUUGGCAUUUCAUUCACCCAUGUCAACACGAGCUAUACCCUGAACGAGACCUUGGCCACCGUGACAGACCGCAAGAAAAUAUCUAAGACAUUGACACGUGGCAUACGACGGGGCCAGUGGGCGGACCUGAAUCUCAUCUGGCUGGCUCACCUCGCCGGUGCCGCUGGCUCCUGUACCUUGCCGGAACGCCGUUACCUGAACGGCGAGCUCUCGUGGAAGACUGUGGUUCCCACUGAUGCAUGCGCCAUGCGUGCCACGACUAUCAAGGCCGUUAGAGGCAAAAUCAUUACUCACGAAGUCGGUCAUUGGCUGGGCCUGUUGCAUCCGUGGGACAAGGGCUGUGAUAUUGGUGAUUACAUUGACGAUACCUGGCCGCAGGAGAAUGCGACAAACAGCAUUCCCCUGGACCAGAGGAGAGAAGACAACGGCGGCGAAGUCUUCCAGUGUGGUGCCUGGCGACCGAGCAACUACCACAAUUUCAUGGAUUACUUCCAUGUUUACCAGAACUUUGCUAAUUUCUCACCACUCUCGGUCUUCUCUAGUCCUUUCCGCGACAGCUUCACCGAUCUCCAGGGCCAGCGAAUGAGGGCCUUUGGUUACCUGCGUCACAAGUACAGCGCCGAACGCCCGCUUUCCGCCGACGAGUCCGAACUCUGGGCCGGUUGCCAGGUCAAGUGGAAUGGUGCCAAGUCCUUUGCGCACGGCUUCGCCUGCGAACGGAACGCGACAGACACCUUUCGCCUGUCGUGUGCUGCGAAGCCAGACCCGGCCGGGGCUGCUGGUGGCGCUGCGGAACAAUUUGCGGUCGAAGCCCGAUGCCCCCUUGAAUGGAUCGGACCUCUCGAAAUCGAUGGCGGGGUUACCUGUGAGGAACUGAACUUCAAUCAUAUACGAUGCAAGCCUGCUGCCAUCCCGCAGGUACCCGAUAAGAGCGACCCGGAAAAUAACAAGGGAGUCCCUGAGGAUCAGGAAGAGGAAGAAAGGUGGGUUUGGGGGAUCACAGACGAUUCCAAGUCAGUGCCUAAGGAUCAGGAAGAGGAAGAAAGGUGGGUUUGGGGGGUCACAGACAAUUAA